GUAAACAAGUUUGUUUAUUUUGAAUUAAUUCAUCGCAAAAAUUUCAAAAAUUGUUCGUAUUUUCUCAAAAAAAACGCAGUUAAAAUGUUCAUAAAAUAGUUAAAAUUAAACCAAGCACACUUCGUGUAUAAUGACUAAAAAGAAAUCUUCCCCGCAAAAUCGCGUCUGGGAAAAGGAACGCCGCGAUCGGCUGAACCAGGGCUUCGACAGCCUCGCAAAGCUGCUGCCUGACUAUGAACCGGCCACCCAGCUCAGCAAGAUCGAAAUCCUGCAGCGGGCGAUCGAGUACGUGGAAAGUCUGCAGGCCAAGAUCAAAGCCUCCCUGGAGGAACGGGACGCGCUGCUGCGGAAGCACGUCGAUGAACUGGAGGAGCGACUAAAGGCGCUAAUGGCGCGUAACGAGGAUUUGGCUGAACUGCUGAAGCAGUCUAAUGUUCAACCAGCUACUACGAAGAAGAUUGGCAGAGCGACCAUCAAACGUGAACCUUUGAGCGAAAAGAAUGGAUCGCCCAAAGCGGUCAGGCUAAAAAAAUUGAAAAUAAAAAAUAAAAAAUUCCCAGUCGAGGCGGAUAAGCCUUUUGACGAACCGGGAAAAACGGAGACAAAUUUAACAAUAAUGCAAACUAAGGAAUCUGCUGGCGAAUCUGUGAUAGUGGGUGACCACAAGAUUGUGAAGUCUUCCGGUCCUGGAGAAAAUAUGAGGCCGGUGGAAGCGAGCAUAGCAUGCGGCCAAGUGCCGACAGCUGGAGCUGUUUUGGCCACGACCAUGCCGGGGGGUUGUAUAGUUUUAACCAGUAAUCAGCAGCUGGUAGGAGGUUUGAGGCAGGCUAGUGGUGUGAACGUCACCCCCGCCCUUCUGCCGACUCCGAUAAUGGCCACGGGAGUACUGAUAUCGAACAAUGGCAGCGUCAUCCCGAUGCCGUUCGUUCCGCCUUCCUCGUCACUUCUAAUAGUUAGCAACGAAGACGUGCGUUCGAAAUUGAACAUGAAGAAGCCUAGAUCAUCCUCAUCGAGUCCUGGCAAUAGUGCUGGAAAACGUACGAAUGGACAGAACCGUCGAGGCCGUCCUCCGAAAAAGCUGGCGUCCCGAUUCGGUUUUAAAACCAUCGAAGUUAUUCCGGGAAGAAUCGUCAAUGGGAAGAUUCCGAUUCCGAAGCUAAAGCAAUCGGACGACACAAGGAGUAAAAAGCCUGGCCGAAAGCGACGAACGAAAAGAAAGAUUGAAGUUAAUGAGGAAGGUGCCAAAUCCGAUUGCGUUGGGUCUGAACCUAAGAAAAUGAGGAAAGAUGGAAAUGGAUCGAUUCUUUCGGAAUCCCUUUCCGAUAAAAACGGAAAAUCGGAAGAGAAGGAAAAUAUUCCCAAAGAAUCAGUUAACAUUAACAGAGUAUCGCCCUCUAUUGAGGAGCAAGCUAAUUCUUUAGAUAUGAAUCUGGAUCAAGGAGAUCUAUCAGAAGAUAUUUUUGCCAACUUACAGGUACCGGAUACGGUGACGGAUGACAAUCAAGGUUCGCUUUCACCUACUGCUGCCUACCUCAUGAAUUUCCCUCUAGUUGCCACAGGUGGAAAGGCUAGUGGAGUCCAUGUAGAUGCUCCCGGGGAAGUGGAACCGAUACAGGUGGCAGAGGCGGAAAAGAAAACUUGCCCACAGCCGGCUGGUGAAAACAGCUUACUGCUAGACAACUUGACGUCUUACUUCAACUCCAAUGUUUAUGGAGGGUUUGAAGGUGCCAUUCAGAGUGUGCCUGAGAUAGUUGUAUCCUCAACGGCUUCAACUCAACAGCCUAGUUAUACGACUAUAUAUCAAUCGAUUGAUAGUAUGCUAGAACAUAAGGCUCCGGUGCGUUCGUCUUGUGCCGCCGAUUGUAGAUUCGAAACCACUCCUUUCACGUUCACUCUAACUUCAACUACUGCCACGACGACAACCCAGUCCUCGUAUAAUUUCAGGCAUUCUUCAAGCUCAAACUAUUUUGGAUCGGUUACCGGAGUGAGCAAAACUAUGGACGAUUUCAAUCUACCCAAACUACCAAUAGUUAGCGAAUUUACCUUCUCGUUAACUAGCACUACGGCAAGUCCACCAAAAACAGUUCAGUCGCAAUACACAAACAGUAUAAUCUUAUCAUCGACGAUAACUACACCGUCGUACACUAAUUAUGGAUAUCAUUCUAAGAACAACGUCAAAGCCAAUCCUGCUUCCACCCUUUUGAAGGAAUCAAUUCCAAAGGAGCGUAAAACGCCCAUAAAGUACGACUAUUUGGAAGCUGAAAAACCUGCAACCAGUUUCACGUUUUCUCUUACCUCUACAACAAAAACUGCACCGAAAUACACCGGCUCGUCAACUUCCGUAGCGCUUUGUAGUAACGUUACUCAGACCAACAACACAAGUAUUUACUCCAUAGCAGAGGAUUGUCUUUACCGAAACCCAAAAACCUUCCCAAACAACCAUCAACCUUACAAAACACCUACGAAACAAAAGUUCUGUCCUUACACCUCGACUUCGACUGGCACCAUCAGUUCGCAAGCCCAAACGCAAUCUUCACAAUCUCGAUACGACAUCAACUGGAUGACUUCACAGGAUCACAAAACUACGACUGCGGCCUGCAGCUCCGAUUACAGUCAAAUGCUGCAACCAAUCGAUUACAACGCCAAUACAACCUAUCAAACAAAUUUUGAUUUGAGUCGAAGCAAAUCUGACAUCUUCUUCGCUCAUCCUACUGCUGACGACAAUCUUCCAACGUGGUCCCCGAAUAAAUUGUCCAACAUCCUUAACGAUACAGCCUCGUCCUACUACCCAUCAACUGCAGCUACGCUUCCAAACUUGCAUGGCGAUCUGGCCCUAAACACCUAUUCCAAACAACCGGUUUCCAAUCGAAAGGCUAACGAAUCGGGCACCAAUUUCCUCUCCGUCCAGCAACUGGUAGAUCAACCUCGGAAAAACAAAACCUUCCCGUCUUCUAGCAACAACAACAUCCACCAGUACGGCUCAAACCUUAAACCUCCGAACUCUAGCUACUCGGCCGAAGCUCUCAUUGGUGGUCCCACUAGCAACAACAAUUCCAAUAAAAAAGAUCGAUACUACCCCGAUACUACCUACAGCACCUACAACAAUCUCCCGCCCACCGAAACAAGCGCGUUACAGUUCAAUUUCGAUUACUCCAGUAAUGACUACAGCAAAAACUUUAGCUACGGCUGCCAACAAAACUACAUGGCCCCCCUCAUGGACAACAACUACAAUCUAGCGCCCAACCUAUCCUCGGUAACCACCUCCACAACCACAACCAGCAGCUACACCGGCUGCUACGGAAGCUAUCCCACGGACAAAAAACACUCCAACAACUACUACUCGCUACCCGCUGCAAAUCCUUCUGCCUUCGACACCAACCCUCCCCUAGACAUCCCUUACUACGUGCCAUCGUCGGAAAAACGACUUACAAACUCCCUAGUAACCCCGACCCUCCCCGAUACCACCAAACCGAAAAAAACGAUAAAACAUUCCUCCACCUUCAACGAGUACUACGAAGGUCCUUGCUACAAUAACUACCCGCUGACCUCGAAUCCGGCUAAAACCAUUUCUAGUACCAGCCUCAAUACAGCAGCAUCGACAUCGUACUACUCCCAUCAGCAACAGUAUCCCCAGCAGCAGCAUCUCAGUAGUACCGGUGGUAGUAGCAGUUCGGUGACGAACUUCAACGUGAGCAGUAUUUGUCCGGAGAUCAAUGAUAAGGUGGCGGCUACUGCUACUAGUAACAGGGUUGGUGAGUCGUCUUCUUCGGACAGUAGUAGGCGAAUCGGGACGGGACUAGUUUCGACGACGACGCACGGGCGCCAUGCAAUAACCGGUGGAACCGGGUGGUGUUGAAGUUGUGUUUGAACAAAAGUGAUUGUAAUUGUAAUUGUAAUUUUGUGAUAGUGUUUGUUUUGUAAAUAAAACGUACUUUUAUUAAAAA